GGGCGCUCUUGGGGCCGUCUUGGAGGGCUCUUGGGCCCCGAUUGGGCCUCUCUUGCGCUCUCUUGGUGCCACCUUGAGGCUUCAAUAUCGCAUCGGAAGCGAAUCGUAUUAAUUUUGGCUCAAGCGGCCAUUUCGGGCCAAGAGGCCAUCGUCGCUCGAGUGUCGAACAUCCCAGACCUGUUCAGAAGAACCGAUCGGAUCAUUUUCUGGCCAUCACAAGGAUGGAUCUGAAUGAGGCACUCAUCUUCGGCGCCGUGGGCGUUGCCUUGUGCGCCGCGCAGCCCUCUGGGAUGGUGUUCGCGGCAGUAUCUGGCAUCCUGCUUCUCAUCCUGGGCCCGUCGUUGGUGAAGGGGGUCAAGCAGACAGUCGCCUUCUUGCUCUCGAUGUCUAGAUCAAAAAAGCAGACCGCGGGCCGGAUCGACGGGUACACCAAGCAGUAUGCUGGGGACAAGUCGGCGGGAGACCGCAACGCGGAGUACGCGACGCUCGUGAACGACUACUAUGACCUCGCCACCGAGUUCUACGAGUGGGGAUGGGGCACCAGCUUCCACUUCGCCGACCGCCGCAAGGGCGAGUCCUUUCAGCAGUCCAUCCUGCGUCACGAGUACUACUUGGCCGGUCGGCUGGGCGUCAACAAGGGAUCUCUUCUGCUUGAUUGUGGUUGCGGUAUUGGGGGCCCAGCACGCAACAUGGCAAAGUUCACAGAAGCGAGCAUCAAGGCUAUCACCAUCAAUCAGUUCCAGGUGGACCGCGGCAACGCCAUCUGCAAGCGUGAUGGCCUCGACGACAAGGUUCAGCUCAUCCAGGGCGACUUCAUGAAACUGCCCUUUCCCGACAACCACUUCGACGGCGUGUACGCCAUCGAAUCCACCUGCCACGCGCCCGAUCGUUCAAAAGUGUACAGCGAGAUCCUGCGCGUGCUGAAGCCCGGUGGCACCUUCGCGUGCUACGAGUGGUGCCUCACGGACAGGUACGACCCCGAGAACGAUCACCACAGGAAGAUCAAGCGCGACAUCGAAGUCGGAGACGGCCUGCCAGACUUGGUGCACACGUCGGUCUGCACGCGGGCGCUGGGCGAGGCUGGCUUCAAGGUCAUCGAGGCGCGGGACAUGGCCGAGGGAGGAGCAGGCGAGGGCGGAGAGCCCUGGUACAUGCCCCUCAUGCCCUCCUGGAACCCGACGAAGUGGCCGAGGUUCCAGUUCAACCCCCCCAUGGUCCGGCUGAUGCCUGUCCUCCUCCGCUUCUUCGAGCUGGUGCGCCUCGUGCCCGCCGGCACCGCGAGCACCCAGGUGAUGCUCCAGGCGGGCGGCAUCGGCUGCGCCCAGGGCGGCCACACGGCCUGCUUCACGCCCAUGUGGCUGAUGGUCGGCCAGAAGCCGAGCUGAGGGCGGCCGGACCGCAGAGCGGCGCGGCUCCGGAGGGCAAAGUCUUUCCUUGCGCGGCGCCGCUGUGGAGGGCAAGGUCUCCCCUCCCACUCUUCUUCGGCGGGCGCAGGCCGAAUGGCCCGCGCACGCAGCCUCGGCGCGCGCUGCGAAGGCGGCCGUGCCGCGCCUCGCUUGUCUGCGGGGCCUGGCCGAAUUCGCGCAGGCUUGCAGGCCCGUGCCUCAUGCACGUCUAGUCCUCCUCCUCCGCCUCUUCCUCCUCUCUCCCACUCCUCCGUCUCCUUCUCUCCUGCUUUUGGGCGACGCGCAUCAAACACGGGCCGACUGCUGGCCAUUGCUUGACAUAGUCUUUCUGGCACGUACAGUCGCAUUGCGCAUCGGUCUUCCCCAUCAUUCAAAACAAAAUCGCAUCAGAAGCGAAAGGCG